UUUAAUGCACUUCUACUGAUUUCUGAUGUGGAAUUCGAAGGUUUGAACUGAAGUUAUUGUGGUGUAUAUUGCCACCUUGUGGAACUGGCAGGUAUCGUUUAAGAGCAAUGUGCUGCGUGCUUGCGUCAUCAACGUGCGACUACGAGUGAACAGAGCGGGAUGCUCACCUUUCCUUGGCUACGUUAAGAAGACCGUGUUAAUUCUUGUUCUUUAAGUUUCAAAGAUAGCUUUGAAGGCAUCGUCGUUUUACCCUACUUCGAUGAACCAUAAAGAAGAAAAGAAAUCGGAAAACUUUGUCUGUGUGGUUUUUAUCGGAGAGGCGUUAUCUGGCUGUUAACUCUGGCAAGGCGCUGGGGCUGGACAGCACAGUAAAACGACGUCUUCGGCGGGCUAAUCUUCGCGCUUGGAAGAACAAAGGACUUCGUGGGUUCUACGCAUCCAACGGAAUCACCACAGCACAACGUCUCAAGUAAGCACAACGGGAAAAGGUUAGGAUGUCCGUACAUGCUUCGAACUCAGGAUCUGUGAAAACGAGAUCUAAUGCCUCUUGUUCGUCUAAAAAGACUUCAAGUUCCUCUGCUAGCAAACUUGCUGUUGCCACAGCCCGCGCAGAAGCAGAGGCGGCAAAGACUGAAGCAGCAUUCGCUGCGCAAGAGAACGAACUGAAAUUAAAACAAGCAGAAUUGGAAAAUAAGCGUUUGGAAAUUACAUUGGAUAAAGUUCGACUUGAAAAACGAGCUGCAGCUACAGCAGCCAAAGCAGAUGUAUUAGAAGCAGCAGUGCAAGAGGAAUGUGAAUGUUUCAGUGACAUUGAUGUUCCGGCUGAUGACUCACGAGCCCGCACCAAUGACUAUGUGGAAGGGGUGAUUAAGAACACUCCAGCGGUGCAAACAGGCAGUGCUCCCGUGAGCAUCACAGAUGUUCAGGCACCUGAAUAUACACCUACUGUCACUUGUUACCACACUGUAGGCCCAAAUGGACUGCCCCCACAGCAGAGCCGUGCACAGCUCAAUGCACAGCACACCCAGACAACAAAUUCCCCCAUACAGCAAGGCAUUACAGAACAUUAUGUGCGACAACCACAGCCCCCUGACCGCACGCCUAUAAUGGCAGCUCACUCUGAGGCAGCACAUCAGCCUUUAGGAAGCCACUAUGGUGACACCGCUCAUCACAUGCCCACAAUGGCAUCUAAAUCCGAAAUGGCGCACCAGCCCUUAGGAAAUGGCUACAGUAAUGCUGCACACAGCAAAUCAGUAGGCAAUCCCUCCUCACAUGCAAGCGCUGCCCACCAGCACCACGACCCUGUGUACGCUCAGUUUAAUGAAAAUAGUGGAAUGUCAGACUUUGUGAGAUUCAUGGCCAGACGCAAGCUCAUUUCCACUGGGCUUACGCAAUUCAACGACCGCCCUGAGUGCUUCAGAGCAUGGAGAGCUUCCUUCAUGAACUCUAUUAGAGACCUUAACCUGUCAGCUAGCGAGCAGCUGGACCUACUGGUUAAAUGGUUAGGCAAAGACUCGGCUGAACAUGCUAGGCGCAUAAGAACUGUGUAUGUGAAUUAUCCAGAGUCUGGGCUUAAGGCUGUAUGGAAUCGCCUAUAUGAGUAUUACGGCGCACCAGAGGUGAUUGAGAGCGCUCUGCUCAAAAGAUUAGAGGACUUUCCCAAAAUACAGAACAAAGAUGGGCGAAAACUCAGAGAACUGAGCGACCUACUGAUGGAGAUACAGGCCGCCAAAGCUGAUGGGGAACUGUUUGGCCUUAGCUAUCUAGACACGCCCCGUGGAGUUAGCCCAAUUGUGCAGAAACUGCCAUUUUACUUGCAAGAAAGGUGGCUCACACAAGGUUUCAACUACAAGGAGCAAGUCAGGGCCCCCUAUCCCCCAUUUAGCUUCUUUGCCCACUUUGUGUGUCAGCAGGCGAAGAUGCGCAACGACCCCAGCUUCAUGCUGGCUGCCCCCAACAAUGAACAGCCAGGCCAUGGCAAGCCUGCACCUAAGUUGGAGACUAAGAGAGCAGUAGCCGUUCUCAAGACUGCAGUGAACCCCAGUGACACUCUCACAUCCUUUUUUGAGUCGCCCACUACAGACAAGCCUGCCAGUAGAGUGGACCCAGCCAAACAUUGCCUGCUGCACAACAAGCCCCACCCGCUACACAAGUGCCGCGGGUUCAGAGACAAGCCUAUAGAGGAGAGAAAGGCACUCUUGAAAAAAUAUGGAGUGUGCUACAAAUGCUGCAAGGCCAUACACUUGGCAAAGAACUGUAAAGACGAGGCGAGCUGCACAGAGUGUGGAAGCAGCAUGCAUAUCGCAGCGCUGCACCCUGGGCCAGCUCCGAAAGCCAACAGCCCUGCGGACCCUGCACCGGAGAAUGGCGGGGAGACCACCGUCUCAACUUCGUGCACCAAGGUAUGUGGGGAAGGCGUCCCAGGGCGCUCCUGUUCGAAAAUAUGCCUAGUGAAGGUAUACUCUGCCACUCGCCCAGAUGCCGCAGUCCGCAUGUAUGCCAUAUUGGAUGAACAAAGUAACCGUUCGCUGGUGCGGUCUGAGUUCUUCACUGUUUUCAAUGUCUCAGGGCAUCCCUCUCCGUACUCCCUGAAAACAUGUGCAGGAACAAUAGAGACUGAAGGCAGACAAGCACGCGACUUUGUCGUAGAACCACUAGAUGGCAGCGUGGCUCUCCCACUGCCACCACUGAUCGAAUGUAAUGAAAUCCCAAACAAUCGCACAGAGAUUCCCACACCGGAGGUAGCCUCCAGCCACGAUCACUUGAAACACCUGUCGAAACACAUCCCAAACCUCGAUCCACAGGCACACAUCUUGCUCCUAUUAGGCAGAGAUGUAAUCAGAGCCCAUAAGGUUCGAAGACAAGUAAACGGCCCACAUAACGCACCCUACGCCCAAAAGCUGGACCUGGGCUGGGUGAUCGUGGGUGACGUGUGCAUAGGAGACAUGCACAAGCCCUCUCUUGUCCAUUCUUACUACACGAAUGUGCUGAGAAACGGGCGCCCCUCUCUCUUUCAGCCAUGCCCGAACAGCUACACGGUGAAGGAGAGAUACAGCGACACUGAACCCCCCUCACACUCCCUCCUGCACAGGAGCAGUCACGCUAGGGCCACGCAGAGCGCUUUAGACAGUGACGAGUUUCAAACAACCAAGGACGAUGAGGCCGAGGCACCCUCCAUAGAGGACUUGCAGUUCCUGAGCAUCAUGGACCAGGGAGUCUACAAGGACAAGGGAAACAGCUGGGUGGCCCCCCUGCCCUUCAGAGUGCAGCGACCGCAGCUGCCAGGCAAUCGUGCUCAAGCACAAGACCGCCUCAACUCACUUCAGCGCUCUUUCCAAAGAAAGCCUGAAAUGAAAGAACAAUUUGUCGCAUUCAUGGAGAAAAUACUACAGAAUGGACACGCUGAAUUGGCCCCCCCACCGAAACCUGGCGAGGAGCACUGGUACCUCCCGUGCUUCGGGGUUUAUCAUCCAAAAAAGCCCUCACAGAUAAGAGUAGUGUUCGACUCUAGUGCACAGCACAAAGGACUGUCUCUAAACCAAGUGCUCUUAACCGGACCAGACCUUAACAAUAGUCUCGUCGGUGUCCUUCUCCGUUUCAGGAAAGAACGAAUUGCCUUCUCCGUGGACAUACAGCAGAUGUUCCACUGUUUUAAGGUCAAGCCUGGGCAUCGAAAUUUCCUCAGGUUCCUCUGGUUCGCAGACAAUGACCCAGACAAAGAGAUUACAGAGUACCACAUGAACGUACAUGUGUUUGGAAACAGUCCCUCCCCUGCCGUGGCGAUUUACUGCCUCAGACGCGCAGCUCAGGAAGGCCAGAGCGAGUACGGGGAUGAUGCACAGCAGUUCGUAAGCAGAGACUUUUAUGUAGAUGACGGGCUGAAGUCCCUUCCUACAGCCGAUGAAGUGAUCAGUCUGCUCAAAAGAGCACAGAGAAUGCUGGCCUGCUCUAAUCUCAGACUACACAAGUUGGCCUCGAACAGCAAAGAGGUCAUGGAGGCCUUUCCAUGCGAGGACCGGGCCACAGAUCUAAAAGACCUCGAUCUGGCUGCUGAUGACCUACCAGUGCAGAGGAGCCUCGGGCUACACUGGGACCUGGAAUCAGACUGUUUCACUUACUGUGUGGAGGACGAGAGAAAGCCAUUCACCCGACGUGGAGUCCUCUCUACAGUGAACAGCCUGUACGACCCCCUUGGAUUUGUGUCUCCAGUGACAAUUCAAGGAAAGGCACUCCUACGCGAACUCGCCACCGACUCACCUGACUGGGACGCCCCACUGCCCACUGAAAAGGAGAAGCUGUGGGACGACUGGAGAGAUUCUCUCCAAGAACUACAAAGACUAAGAAUCCCCAGAGCCUACACUUGUGUGUCCAUGUCCUCAGCCGAACGAGUGGAGCUUUGCGUCUUUUCGGACGCAUCCGAAAAGGCAGUCGCUGCAGUUGCAUACCUAAAAACUGUAGAGGCAGAUGGCCGAUGCCACACAGGACUGAUUUCAAGCAAGGUGAGACUCGCACCUCGCCCAGAACACACAAUACCCCGCUUAGAGCUAUGCGGAGCAGUCAUGGCAGUGAACCUGGCAGAAACCAUCAUGUCUGAAAUUGACAUCUCGUUUGAUGCAGUCACAUUUUAUACAGACAGCAGGAUUGUACUCGGCUACAUCUCAAAUGAGAAAAGGAGGUUCUACGUGUACAUCAGCAACCGAAUCCAGCGGAUCAGACGAAGCACCCUACCACAACAGUGGAGAUACGUGCACACAGAACACAAUCCUGCAGACAUUGCCACACGGUCAAUCCCUGCAGGCCGGCUGAAAGACACUAUGUGGUUCACUGGGCCAGCCUUUUUGUGUCAGCCUGACGACACGCCUGCUGAACAGACUUUUGAACUCUUAGACCCAGAACACGAUCCUGAAAUCAGGCCACAAGUGACCACACUCUCAACCACAGUGCUCCCUCACCUUGGCUCACAGCGCUUCAGCCGCUUCUCACGCUGGAGUUCGCUCACAAGAGCCAUUGGGGCACUAAUCCACAUCAUUCAGUGUUUCAAAAGAGACCGCAAUGAAGGACAGUGUCAGAAAUGGCAUCUUUGUGGCUCACCUGUGGCAGUGAAUGUUCUUAAUCAGAGUGCAGCGGUCAUCAUUAGGGCCGUACAACAGGAAGCCUUUGAGAAAGAACUGCAGUGUGUCACAUCUGGAGCGAACAUCCCAAAGAGCAGCCCACUCUGGUCCCUCGACCCCUUUCUUGAUCAAGAAGGCCUGCUGAGAGUGGGGGGACGUAUUGCUGCUGCUGACUUGGGGUCUGACGAAAAGAGACCUCUGAUCUUGCCUGGGCGCCACCAUGUAGCUACCCUCAUCGUGCGCCACUUUCACGAACAGGCACAUCAUCAGGGGCGCCAUUUCACUGAGGGCGCUAUCCGAUCUGCAGGCUACUGGAUACUGGGGGGCAAGAGGUGCAUCAACAGAGUGAUCUUCGAAUGCGUCGUCUGCCGCAAACUUAGAGGAAAAUGUCAAGUGCAAAAGAUGGCUGACCUGCCGCCAGACAGACUCAGCGCUGAACCGCCCUUCACCAACGUCGGGAUGGACGUAUUCGGGCCAUGGGCUGUCGCUGCACGGCGCACAAGGGGAGGAUACGCCGAAAGUAAGAGGUGGGCUGUUCUCUUCACUUGCUUAUCUGUCAGAGCCAUACACAUCGAAGUUAUCGAGUCCAUGGACUCGUCAAGCCUCAUUAAUGCACUCAGAAGGUUCCAGGCUAUCCGGGGCCCAGUAAAACAUUUGCGCUCUGACAGGGGGACAAAUUUCAUUGGGGCUUCCACAGACCUAGAAAUCCCCUCCAAUGCUGAUGAGAAAGCAGUAGAGAGAUUCCUCUCUGACCAGGGCACCACAUGGACUUUUAACCCCCCGCACUCCUCGCAUAUGGGAGGUGUUUGGGAAAGAAUGAUUGGUGUCACACGCCGCAUCUUAGAUUCCAUGCUCAUGCAAAUGGGAUCCGCCAAACUCACGCACGAGGUGCUCACGACCUUCUUAGCCGAGGUCACCGCAAUUGUGAACAAUCGUCCACUUGUACCUGUGUCCACCGACCCGACAGAUCCAUUCAUCCUCACACCCGCAUCACUGCUGACCCAGAAGGUAGGCCCUUGCCCACCUCCGCCUGGGAAUUUCGACCAGAAGGACUUAUACAAGCAACAGUGGCGCAGAGUCCAAAGCCUGUCUAACACGUUCUGGGACAGGUGGCGCAAGCAGUACUUGACUACACUGCAACCCCGCAAGAAGUGGUCAUCGGACCAGCCAAACCUCACAGAGGGAAGCGUAGUGCUGCUGAAGGACAUUCAAUGCAAGAGGAACGACUGGCCUCUCGCCAUCAUCACAGCCGUGUACCCCAGCAAAGAUGGACGGGUACGCAAGGUCCAGCUGAGAGUCGCCAAGAAGGACGGGACUAAACUUCUUCUUAGGCCUGUGCACGAACUGGUCUUCCUAAUCACUCCUGAUAAACAGUGAGCGACGUCUCAACCAUCGUCAUGUGACGUAUCCUUUACAAUACAAUGUGAUGUUGAAAGAAUGUUUAUGUAAAAAAGAAUAAGGAAUGCACUAUGUCGAUUGAAUGUAUAAAUUGUUUAAUGAGUUCAUUACGAUUUCAGGAAAGGACAUUUACAAAGAAAAAAAAAAGGAAUAAGAAGAGUGAAACCCCCUGGGUAUCAGGCGGGGAGUGUUCUGUUUAAUGCACUUCUACUGAUUUCUGAUGUGGAAUUCGAAGGUUUGAACUGAAGUUAUUGUGGUGUAUAUUGCCACCUUGUGGAACUGGCAGGUAUCGUUUAAGAGCAAUGUGCUGCGUGCUUGCGUCAUCAACGUGCGACUACGAGUGAACAGAGCGGGAUGCUCACCUUUCCUUGGCUACGUUAAGAAGACCGUGUUAAUUCUUGUUCUUUAAGUUUCAAAGAUAGCUUUGAAGGCAUCGUCGGUAAGUUUAUAUAGUUGUGACAUUGUGUUAUUAAGCAGAAAGGUCAAAUACAAACGUGUUCUUUGAAUUAUACAUUUUAUUUGCGAAAUGUUACCGCGAACGCAUCACUUGUAAGGAGUCAAGCCAGUUGUUACCAAUGAUGUAAAUUUAUCUUUUUACCGUCACUAGUUGUUACCCAAUUCUAAAUGAGUUGUAUCCUGUGAUUUUCAUUCAGUUUUACCCUACUUCGAUGAACCAUAAAGAAGAAAAGAAAUCGGAAAACUUUGUCUGUGUGGUUUUUAUCGGAGAGGCGUUAUCUGGCUGUUAACUCUGGCAAGGCGCUGGGGCUGGACAGCACACCAACUUCUUCAUGGGGGUGCCAAUUUUCCAUCAAUUCUGUUCCUGCUAUGUGCAGCUGACGUUAGUGCCGGAUUGGAAAGCAACAAACCUAAUGCAGUGUCACGCUCUGGCUCCACCUACACAAAACUGCACCAUGUAAUGAAUCGGGAGAGGGGUGAAAUAUAAAGACGAUCUAUUCUAAUAAUUUUGCGGAAAAUGGAAACCCAAACCAGAAGGUUGUUGUAUUUGCUCAUUUUAAGAGACAAAAUUAUUAAAAAUAUUGUUAUUAAAUUAACUUACACAUGGUAAUAAUAUUGUCUUCUGCGGGCCCCUUGUCUAAAAUUGGUUAAAAAAAAAGAUUUAGAUAGCUUGACUUAAGAUGUAAAGGGAAUAAUGCCAUUAGCACUUUUAAGAUCACCCUUUUAAGAUACUUGUUUCCCUUUAUGAUCAACUAACAUUACUAACCAAGCAUGCAACUCAUUCCAUCCUGUUUCUGUGGGUGGUUUUCUAGUUGCACAAUAGGAGACAGGAAAGCACUCCAGAGGGUUGUCCCUACGGCCCAGAAGCUCAUUGGCUGCCCUCUCCCCUCUCUAGAGGAUUUGUACAGUUCUUGCAGUAUAAAAAAAGCACAAAACAUCCUCAGGGACCCAUCUCACCCCGGACACACUGUGUUUGAACUGCUGCCUUCAGGCAGAUGUUACAGAUCAUUAACAGCCAGGACAAACAGGAUUAGGAACAGUUUCUAUGCCAGUGCCAUAAGGGCAUUAAAUAAAGUAAACCUGUACAUUCAAUAAUACAAAUAUGAUACAAUAUGGGAUCGUGCAAUGCCCUCCACACCACAGGAUGUGAAUGUUUGCGAGUGAUGACUGCUGUUUUAAAUAACUUUUUAAAUUAUUUAUAUAUAUUAUUAGUUUAUCUUGUAGGGGCGGCACAGUGGUGUAGUGGUUAGCGCUGUUGCUUCACAGCAAGAAGGUCCUGGGUUCGAGCCCCGUGGCCGGCGAGGGCCUUUCUGUGCGGAGUUUGCAUGUUCUCUGCGUGGGUUUCCUCCGGAUGCUCUGGUUUCCCCCAUAGUCCAAAGACAUGCAGGUUAGGUUAACUGGUGAUUCUAAAUUGAGUGUGAAUGGUUGUCUGUGUCUAUAUGUCAGCCCUGUGGUGACCUGGCAACUUGUCCAGGGUGUACCCUGCCUUUCACCUGUAGUCAGUUGGGAUGGGCCCCAGCUUGCCUGCGACCCUGUAGAACAGGAUAAAGUGGCGAGAGAUGAUAUGAGUUUAUCUUGCAUUAUUUUCAUAGGUUUUUCUAGAUGCACUUUUUUUUUUACACCAAGGAUUGCAUUUAAUUUCAUUAUAUUUAUUUACAAUGACAAUCAAGAUAUUCUAAUUCUAAUUCAAAUGUUAGUAUCUAUAGCUAAUACAUACACAGUUCUCACAACACACUGUGUUAGUAUGAUGACAUGACAUAUGCUGAAUUAUGCACAACAAAGCCCAUAAGUAACUUUAAAACUGUAUGUAGAGUUUAUGCAGUGGUUAUUGAGCUCAUUCGGGGCUGUUGAACAUUGAGAUACUAAAUAUUUGAGGUUGAGGGGAUUUAUUCUCUGCCAUUUGACCUCUUUGUAUGUUUAGAUGUUUUACCAUUGUUCACAUUUAUAUUUGUUAUUGUUCAAGUCUUUAUUUAAUAAGUUGAUGAAUGUUGAGUUUUGCUCUGGAUUGCUGAUUACUGUUUUUACUGUUUUCUAUU